AUAGCAUGUCUGGACAGAAUAAGGUGUAAACGGCGUAAACACGUUUGCGCAUAUUUGUGAUCUACUUUAAAUAUAAUUUGCGACCCCUUUAGUUUUACGAUUUAGUUAAUUGUAAAAGAGCGUAGGUAGUCUCUUUUUAUGAAUAUGUGAAUAUAGAGACUUUUAUUGAGAUUACUUUAUUUAUUUUUCACAAUUCUCUUAAACCGCAAGCAAUUGUAUUCUGAAAAUUGUGCAAAAUGUUCAUUAUUUUAGUGAUAAAUUCUCCCUGACAACGCGACUUUACAGAUAUUCAGAGAUGAGCAAAUAGUAUUCGCGUAAAGAGAUUUGCGUACAUUGCUUUAUGGAGAGUGUUAACAAUAGAGGUCUGAGCCGCUGAACUUUGGAGCGGCUGCAGCAAGGCUGAACCUUUAUGAAUUUGUAUCAAUCGAUUUAUUCAAUUACUCAAUUCUUGAGGGAAGACACACGAGACACGAGUCGACUUUAUUGGGAUACGGAUAUGUGGAAUGAUAGCGCGUGGCUUGUGUCUGGCCGACCCCACAUCAUCCCAUACUGAACGUUGAUCAGUCAAGCUGCAGCCGUUGCGAGAGUCGCACUCACUUCUGGACAGUUUCAGUUAAGCCAAUUUGACCGUGCCUUCGAGUGUCUGGCCCAAAUAGGCGUUUAGUGAAGUGGCUCUUGGGGUUCUGAAAAGGGUGAUUUUUUUUGGAUUCGUUGGCAGUGCGAUAAGAAUAGGAUUGUAAGUGUUGGAAUUGUAGUGAAAGUAGAUUUUAGCAUAAAACCCUUCAUAAGCUGCGUCACCAUGAGCGAAGACCACCCGCAAACGGACUACUUUCAUUUCCACAUAGUGGAUUACUGUGUUUUCGCCACAAUGCUAAUCUUAUCGGCAGUUUCUGGCGCUUACUUCGGCUACUUCAGGCGAAAGACGCCAGUGCAGAUAAUCCCACCGGGUCAGGGCAGCGGCAAGAAGACAGGCACUGAUUUUGGCUCUUCGUCCAUGAGUGAAUAUCUGCUGGGCUCCAGGAAGCUGAAGGCCUUCCCAGUGGCAAUGAGCCUCGUUGCCAGCUACAUUUCCGGCGUGACCAUCCUCGGCACACCAUCUGAGAUCUACAACUACGGCAUCCAGUACUGGCUGAUUGUGGUGCCCAUUCUGCUCAUGGGAGUCGCCGUGAGCUUCGUCUAUCUGCCCGUGUUCAUGAGCCUGAAGGUGGGAUCAUCUUAUGAGUACUUGGAGCUGAGAUUCAGUUCCGCUGUUCGAUCCAUGGCGUCAUUCAUGUUUGUCCUGGAUGAGAUAUUUUUCCUGCCGAUUAUCGUCUACGUUCCCGCUUUGGCAUUUAACCAAGUGACCGGAGUGAAUUUGCAUCUCAUCGCGGCAAUUGUUUGCGUUGUUUGUGUCUUCUAUACCACAAUUGGUGGAAUCAAAGCUGUCGUUCAUACGGAUGCUUGGCAAAUAGUCGUGAUGUUUAUCUCAGUCUUUGUCGUGGCAACUCUUGGGACAAUCGCCUUGGGAGGACCAGCAGAAGUUUUCAGAAGGGCCGGAGAAGGCAAUCGGCUAGACAUAUUGAACUUGAGUCCAUCUUUUUACGAGAGACACACUUUCUGGGGUGUCCUUAUCGGAGGAUUCAUGUACUGGACAUCCUUCAAUUCCGUCAACCAGACAAUGGUUCAGCGCUAUAUGUCAUUGCCCAACCUCAAAAUGGCUCGAAUUUCUAUUGCUAUCUACACAAUCGGGAUCAGCCUCUUCGUCAGCGUCUGUUGCUACGCUGGUGUCUUGAUCUACGCAUAUUACUACAAAUGUGAUCCUAGCGCUGCUGGGCUGAUCCAAGCGGACGAUCAACUCUUCCCCAAUUAUGUCAUGGAGACGGUUGGGGAUCUCAUUGGAGUGCCUGGACUGUUCAUUGCUGGAGUCUUUGGGGCAGCUCUCAGCUCCCUGUCAGUGGUCCUCAACUCCACUUCGGCCGUUCUGCUAGAGGACAUUUUGAAAGGAUGCUUCAAAGUGCAGCCAAGCGAACGCUGGGCUGCUAUAUUUGUAAAGAGCAGCAUAAUUCUUCUGGGAUGUGUUUCCUUUUCCUUGAUAUUUGUGGUAGAGAGAUUGGGAGGGAUUCUCUCUGUGGCCACAUCGCUCACUGCCAUCGCCGCAGCUACGACUUUUGGGGUCUUCACUCUAGGGAUGCUGGUACCGUGGAGUAACAACAUAGGAGCGAUUGCGGGAGUUUUGGCUGGAGCUCUGAUGUCCGGAUGGGUGUCACUGGGAUCUCAGGCUGCGGUGGCGAAUGGCUAUGUGGUUCCGCAUAAGCUUGACAUCUCAACUGAGAAUUGCCCUGCCUUCAACAGCACAGCACCUGAUUAUCCUGACGAGUCUGAUGUCUUUCCGCUCUAUCGCUUCUCAUUCCAUUGGAUCAAUCCUAUCGGAAUUGUCAGCGUUCUCGUCGUGGGCAGCAUCGUGUCUUUCCUCACGGGACCCAGGGAUCUCAAAGUGAUUGAUCCGGAACUCAUCUCUCCUGUGAUUCAUCGCUUCCUGCCUUCUGAGUGCUUCAUUCACUACGGCAGCACUGCGAUGGAGCGCAAUCGGCUCAACGACGACACUGCCCAGGAUGACGAACGCCUCGAAUUCCACGACCGUAUUAGCUAUCUAGCCACAAGUCCAGUUUCCAAGCCUACUACGAGUCAAGGAAGCUGAGGAGUCAGACUCUGUUCAGCUAUUUCUCGUGCCAAAUGAUACGAUUCACACCUCAACAUUGACGACAAAAUCCAUCGAUUUAUCUUAGGGAAUUUUCCACCCUUUUGGAUGCCAUUUUCCGGUGGUGAGAGAGAGAGAGAGUUUUGUGUUUCAUACGUUUUCAAAGAGUGCAUGCCAGGGAGAAAAUAAAUGCGAGAGGUUCACAAUAUUUGUCAACUGUGAUAAGUAGAAUUGUAUUGAAAACAAUUUACAUGAUUUUUUACACCACAAUCGUCACUUUUCUCGUAAAAUAUACAGAGUAAAAAAAACUAGAAAGCAUAGUGUUUUGUAGGCAUUUUAUGUAGUGCGAUUUUUAAAUGAAAUAAAAUGUCUUUCCU